GCGGGAAAAAACAAGAUUUGUUUUUAUUUUAUCGGAGAAUCAGAAAGCACAGCAUCGUAAAGUUUUAUGUUUUUUACAUACGAAGUAAAGCUGGAAAAUAUUGUAUAUUACAACAUUCACGAAACCUGUACAACUUUUAUCAAUUAAAACAAUCAAGAUGGCAAGGAAAAGUCAAAAAAACAAAGAAAAUGAGGAACAAGAGAAACAGAAAAAAAUAGAAGCUGUUGUUGAAAACUAUGACACUGAAGUGAAAGCACAAAUUGAAGCUUAUCGAAAGUCUGUUCAAAAUGUUACCGAUAAUCUAAGAAAAGAAAUGCAGGUUACGCUAAUGAGUAUUCCAAAACAUGUUCAAGAAAUGACAUUAAGGGAAUAUUGCGAAAAAUAUAUCAUUGAAGCAAAGUCACGGGAACAGGGUGAAAGUGGGAAUGACCAUGUAGAAAACAUAGAAGAGAUGACAACUACUUCAGUUGCAACCAGUGCUGUCAAAGGCAAGUCCAAACGUGUCAGUCGGGCUGUUAAAGGAAAAAGAGGUCGAAAAAAGUCUUCAUUAAAAAACCCAGUCCUUGCAACACCUGUCGCACAUUCCGGGGUUGUCCAAGGUACUCCUAUAUUCAAACCUGGCCUGACUGAAACCUGCACGCGCACAAUGACACCAAGAGACAUCUCCAAUUUCCAGCUGCAGUUGUUUUCAAGUCGUGGAUCUCCCCUGCAUAUUGCAGCAAACCACAUGAGUGAAGAAAUGCAGAGAAAGGUGGCAGAGCAGUUCGCAAACAUAACACAGGGACUGCAGAGAGGAUUGCCAUAAUAACAAUGAUAAUUCAUUAAUUCUAUCUUUCCAGCAAUGUACUUAUAUCUCUGAUGUUAACAGAGUCACAUACUUGUCCAAGCCUAUCCUAACAUUGUUUGCCACGCAAACUUUUUUAAAGCCCUACGUGUAGGCGUUGGCGUCAUGGUGUGUUGGUUGUGAAAAUGAUGUAAUAAAACCUACACAUUAAUCA